GACAGUUAUCAGUCGACAAAAGCAAUCGUCAUGGUUAGUCUCAGGGUAUCUUUGUCGCUGCUGGUGGCGACAGCCGUCCUUCUAGUGGCGGCGCAAGAUUCCACUGAGAAAGACUGGUGGGAGACGACCGUUUUUUACCAAAUCUACCCACGAUCAUUUUACGAUACGGACAGCGAUGGAGUUGGAGAUAUUAAGGGAAUCACGAGAAAGCUGCAGCAUCUCAAGGAUUCCGGGUUCGAGGCCACGUGGCUCAGUCCAAUCUUCCAAUCGCCUCAAGAAGAUUUCGGAUAUGACGUGAGUGACUUCAUAACGGUGGAUCCACUGUUCGGCACAAACAGUGACCUUGAGGAACUAUUUACCGAAGCGAAAACGAUGGGAAUCAAGAUCAUAUUGGACUUCGUUCCCAAUCAUUCAAGUAAUCAACACGAAUGGUUUAUUCUGUCGGAGAACCGGACGGAUCCCUACACAGAUUAUUACGUCUGGAAUGAAGGUAAACUGGUAAAUGGAACUCGCUCACCGCCUAACAAUUGGCAAUCCGUAUUCUACGGAUCCGCUUGGCAGUGGAGUGAAAUUCGUCAGCAAUAUUACUUGCACCAGUUCGCUGUUGGUCAACCGGAUUUGAACUUUCGUAAUGAAGCGGUGAUUAAGGAGUUCGACGAAAUUCUACUCUACUGGAUGAGAAAAGGAGCAUCAGGCUUCCGUAUUGAUGCCAUUAAUCAUAUGUUUGAGGUAGAGGAUUUGGUGGAUGAACCGAUCAACGAUCCCUCAGACCCCUACAGCUAUGGUUACACGCAUCACAUCUAUACAAAAGAUCGCCCGGAGACGUACGAAGUAAUCGCCCGCUGGCGUAAACUUAUCGACGAUUAUGUUCAGGAGAGUGGAUCCGAAACCAUCAUCAUGAUGACCGAAGCAUACGCUAAUUUAACCAUGACCAUGAAGUUCUACGAGUCCGAUGACGGUACACAGCAAAGAGCUCACUUUCCGUUUAACUUUGCAAUGAUCGAGGACCUGGGCAGUGACUCCAAGGCUUCGGACUUUAAAUACUAUAUAGACCGUUUUCUGGAAAACAUGCCUCGUGGAAAGAUCACCAACUGGGUCCUGGGUAACCAUGAUAAGCCUCGUAUUGCUAGCAACUACGGAAGGGAACGCAUCGAUGGAAUGGCACUGAUAUUGAUGACGCUCCCAGGAGUUGCAGUAGUGUACAAUGGUGAAGAAAUCGGCAUGGAAGACUAUCGUGACAUGUCGUACGAAGAUAGUAAGGAUCCUCAAGGGUGCAACCUGGGUCCAACUGACUACAAAUGGGCUUCGAGGGACCCUCAGCGAACCCCAUACCAUUGGGAUGACACAUACAACGCAGGUUUUUCAAAUUCAUCAAGCACCUGGCUUCCGAUGCAUCCAUAUUACAGGCAAACAAAUUUGCUGAAACAAAAGGAAUCUGAUUACAGCACCUAUCAUUUUUACGUGGAUUGCAUGCAGUUGCGCAAGGAACGCAUUUUGACUCACGGAGAGUUUCACUCCCGUGCAUUCAACGAUGAUGUGUUUGCAUUUGUACGGUUCCUUCGACAAAACGAAAACCGUCAGUUGGAUCCCUAUUACAUAACGGUGGUUAACUUCCGUGGAGACACCCACACCGUGGAUGUGACGGACCUGUACAGUUUUGCCGGAGAAAACACCACCGUCAGACUGGUUGGCACCGAUUCCCGCCAUAAGGUCGGCGAUACCGUCAACACCGCAGAGCUUAGGUUAGGUCCGUACGAAGCCAUCGUUGUUGGAGUUGGAGUAAGCGCGGCGGUUGGUGUUCAUUUGUCGGUUGGAUUGCUGGCGAUAGCUAUAGUGAAGUAUUUGUUCUUGUAAGAUAUUAAAGAUGAAUCUAAUGUGA